AAAUUGUUCUGUCUUACCAAUAUAUAAUCACACAUUCUACAAAACUAUUUUUUACCGACUAAGACUUGAAUUAUCAAUACGGCAGUGGUGAAAAGUUCAGAUGGAUUUAUCAAAUAUAUGCCGUGCCUGUUUGUCGCCGGAAGAUCGGGUGCAUCUGCUAGAUUGGUAUCAGCCUGUUGACUCUUUGGAUAUAUCAUACAAAGAGUGUUUUUGUAAAUGUACACAAAUUAAUUUAAGUUUGAAAGAUGAUCCAAAUGAACUCGAUGAUGCCCGGAUGCAAUAUCUAUGCCUUGAUUGUGCCCAAAAACUUAAAGACGUUUAUGAUUUUAUUGAAAAGGCGAGAAGGGCUGAUAAUGAAUUACGUUGCACACAAACGGAAAAAGUGAAGAUAGAAAGUAUAGCCAACACUUUUGAAUGGGUUCCAGUACAUGAAGAGCUAAUGGAAGUAACUAAGAUGCCAGAUACUGUAGAUAUGGAUCACGUAGAGUAUAUAAAAGUAUCACCAGAAUGGAAUGAACAUUUUAUGGAUGAUGAUGAAACAUCUGCAUCAAAUGAUAUCGAACACGAAAUAAAUAUUGAUAAAAAACUUAGUACUGACACUACAACAACAAAGUUUCUAGUUGAAUCGGAUAAUAAAGCUGAAAUUAGCAAUGAGUUGGGAUUCGCUGAAGCAGAUGAAAUUGAGGCACUUCUAAUCGACUAUGAAAAGCCUUAUACGAGUUCGGACAUAAUACCAAAUGUAGCCAUUAUCUCCUCCGAAAUAGAAAACGUCGAAGAUGAUACUCCAACGGUUUCAACAAGGGCUCGGUCUACAAAUUCAAAAGCCACUGCAACAAUGCGGCAAAGAAAUCAAUCAUCUGACGAAUCUGAGAUGGAAAAUAGCAUGGGACGCGACAUUUGGAAACCACAAACAUGUGUUCACCGUUUCCGUGCUUAUACAAAAUCGCUAUGCUCUACUUGCCAAUACGGUUGUUUUUAG